AUGAAAAUGAAAAUUGUUUGUUUGAUUGCUUGUCUCGUUGUCGUUUGUUUCCUCUCGCAACAAACCUUCGGAUUUGAUAUCUUUGCCUCUACACAAAAGAAGAUCCAACAAAGCAAUGAAAAGUUGGACUUGAAUGGAAUUGCUCUCGUUCAAAGAGUACCAGAACAUCCAGCAAUUAUGAAGCUGAAGAGUAAAUUGAUGAAGGCUAAAGAAGCAUCUUGUCACUAUAGUAAUAUUUCAAAGGAUCAAAAGGCUUUUGAAUGUGAUGUUUCUGUUAAUCAAACCAUUGUUGGAGAACAUGUUGCUUUCAAUGCUUCAUUUUCUGUUGAUGUUGAUUUAAAGACUGAAUCAGCCAUUGUUCAAAUUGUUUUUGAUGGAAUGGUUAUUUAUAAUAAGAAUUUGACAAUUGCUGAUUUGACUGUACCAAUUUGCGUUACUCCAGCUGCUUUGGAUAAGCUCAUUUCCUUGUGUCUUGAUUUUAGUCAACUUAAAUUUGAUGUCAAUAAGGAAUGUUUCAGAGCUUUUGUUUCUCUUGAUUUGAAGAUUAUUUACAUUAAGGAAAUAACAAUUAUUCCACCACAAGAAUUUGGUUGGAAUAUGGCUCAAUGUGAUGCUACAGUUCCAUUCUAUGCCAAGAAGAAAUAAAUUUAUUCUUCUGUGGU